AUGGCACUCCCCAAUCCCUCCUCCGCCAUUCAGCUCGCGCAUCCCCACCAAACCCAACCAUCUCAUCCUCCUCUUACAUCGACCAGUCUCACCACUCUCUUGCCUCUCCAAGCAGUACAUGAUGACAUCCUGGACUGCCUUUUUGAAAUAGCUCCUUGGGCCUACCUCUCUCUCUCCCGGACGAUACGCGAACACGGUAAAGACCGCCUGUCAGCUCCGAUCGACAUUGACGGUCCGCUUCUCUCUCGCCUCCACGAUACGAUCCAGGGGCGCCAGGACGUCAGAUGGCUCUACCGUGUCACUUGGUCUCAUACCAUUCGUUUCCCAACCUACCGCCUGUUCGCAAUGACAGUUUGUCUUCUCAGUCAAGGGGAAAAACAGAAGAGGUACUACUGGUACGGACCUCAACCUGCUGAAGCGAGGUAUCCCUGUCGGGAUUUUCCGACUCCCCUCUUUGCGCGAGCCACCCGCAUCGAGAUCACUGUCGCCGACAAUGCUUCUCUAUCUUCGUUGUUUCAGCAGAUCAACGCCGAGCUCAAACUAUCGGACUCUGUCAACGGCAUCGUUGCCAUCGCCUCGCACUUGGCCUCUCACCGGCAAGACUUGACCCUCCGCUUGUCAGACAAUCUUCUUUGUACCAAUAUUGUAGGCGUCUACAUGGGCCUUGUCUACUUUAUCAACAACGUCUUCCUGAGCUACUCUAAUCAGACCUACAAGAUAACAUUCCUACUCGCCAUCUCCGACAUCAAUUUCCCAAAUCCUUCCUCCCUCCCUACUAUCCUCUUCCAGCUUCUUCAACCCGCUUGCGACACCUGGCAUACUUUCCGUUAUGUGAUCAGCAUCAAUGGCCUUACCAGCCGCGAUCUUCGUCGGGCUGCUGUUUGGGCUAUCAUUCAACUCGUCACGGCCGCCACUGGCCGUCGCAAAGGUGGGCGAAGGGCACAGGUCACAUUUCAGGUGGGAGAGGAGAUUGGCGAUGAGGUAUGGGAAGCGGUCAGCCCGCAGGUGUCAGCGAGCAGGCUUGCCAGGCUGAAGGACAUGUUUCGCUUUGAGAAUUGA